AUCAUUUCCACCACACCACUCUACUAGAAGCAUUUAAAAAUUAAAAUAUUAAUCGAAAAUGGCUCUUCGGACUUUCGUGAGCAGACGGACCUUAGCGGCAGGGAUAGGGUUCCGCCAACAACUCCGUGGCGUUCAAACCUUUUCACUCCCCGAUCUCCCAUACGACUAUGGCGCACUGGAGCCGGCAAUUAGCGGUGAUAUAAUGCAGCUCCACCACCAGAAGCAUCAUCAGACUUACAUCACUAAUUACAAUAAGGCCCUUGAACAGCUCCAUGAUGCCAUCUCCAAAGGCGAUGCUCCUACCGUCGCCAAAUUGCACAGUGCCAUCAAAUUCAACGGCGGAGGUCAUAUUAAUCACUCAAUUUUCUGGAAUAACCUUUCCCCUGUCAGCGAGGGUGGUGGUGAGCCUCCAAAGGGUUCUCUUGGCUGGGCUAUCGACACUAACUUUGGUUCACUGGAAGCUUUAGUAAAAAAGAUGAAUGCAGAAGGUGCUGCUUUACAGGGCUCUGGCUGGGUGUGGCUUGGUGUGGACAAAGAGCUUAAGCGCCUGGUGGUUGAAACCACUGCAAAUCAGGACCCUUUGGUUUCUAAAGGAGCAAAUUUGGUACCUCUUCUGGGUAUGGAUGUUUGGGAACACGCAUACUACUUGCAGUACAAAAAUGUAAGACCAGAUUACCUGAAGAAUAUAUGGAAAGUUAUCAACUGGAAAUAUGCCAAUGAUGUUUACGAAAACGAGUGCCCCUGAAGAGGGAUAUCUGACGAUGUUUAGACUUUGAAGACCAUGUUUGUAAAAGUUUAUGACGGGAAAUAAUUGCUGAGUGACAUGAGCAUCCUAUUUUUCUUAUUUUUAGUCGCUGGUUGAUGUAAUUGUGAUGUAUGGAUCCCGAAUAAAACUACUCUUUAUCUUGUGACUUGUGAGCUCAAUAUCUUAAAUAUCCAGUUCAUCGAAAUAUAGUAACAAGCUUGUUGAA